AACGGGCCCGAGCCACCACCCAAAACAGCCGAGCCUCGGAAGGGAUGAAAGAACCGGGGCCUUCCUGGCUGCCAGGUUGAAAAUGUUGGAUGGAUGGGCACCUUUUGACUUUAAGACAAAUCCCUCGUGGAUUAACCCAAAUUACUUAGUUCUUCUAGUUUCAUUGGAAAUUACCUACUUUAUUUGUGGAUUGCUGUUUGCCUUGGUUGUGGAAGAAUGGGUUUGGGAUUACGCUAUAACAGUUACUGUUAUUCAUAUCAUCAUAACAUCAUUUGUUAUGUCUGAAUUCCCUCUGAUGUUGCACUGGUGGCUGGCAUUAGGAGCUGGCUUAAUUUCAAUGAUUUGUGGAGGAGAGAUUUUGGCAUACUGCUUGUUCAAAGACAACUUCAUUUACCCAAUUCUGGAUGAUUUUUGAAAAGCAAAAAUGGAAAUUUGUAUCAGAGUCUAUAUUAUUUCUAUUUUCUAAUUUACAUUACAAUCAAAUGAGAGAUACUGUCAAGAUUGUAAGCGUGCUGCCCCCUUUGUUGCCUACAACUGUUUACAAAAUGCAUGUAAUUAGUUUUAGCUGUUUUGGGUGGAUAUUUUCCCUUACACAAAUAGUUAAGGAUGCUCUCCAUUUCUUAAAACAAACAAACCAAAAGGAAGAGCAAUGGCAUUGGCACAGUCCUCAUGCAUAAUCCUAAAGCAAAGUACUGUGUGAGCAAUGGGGAGAGAAACAUUUCAAUUCAAGCAUUGAGAGGCUUUAUAAACACACAUUUCUUGGGUCAGAAUCUGGUCUUCCCACUAGAGUUGCUUUGUGCCACUUCUGUGCUGCAAAGUAACUUCAAAGACAUCUUAACUGGCUUUUUGGAGACUCCAGCCUUGAUGAAUCCCUGCAUAACACAGGUUUGUGAACUCUUUGUAACCCAUUGCAUAAGCAAUCUGCAACAUAGGAUGUAUAUAAGACAAAAUGUAGUUUGACCAGUGAGCAAUAAACUUCAACUGAUUUAUAGCUGUUAGUGCACCCAAGGGAACAAUAGGUAGUGGAGUGUGUGAAAGGACAGUACUAGACUGCUCUAACUUGCACGGAUGUCUGCUAGUUCUGGAAUGGGAAAAGGCAAGUAUAAUUUACAGCCAACUGUGUGCCCCUUUCUCUUCUCCUCCAUGAGCUGCCAAUUCCCAGAAUACAGCCAGUAGAUUAUAAAUUUCAGAAAAAAAAAUAGUGCCUUGAAUUGACUCUUCAUCUCUUUAUGUGCAAUGGAUUGGUCCCACUGUUCAUCUCAGGCAAGAUUUUCAGUGAACUAAAUCAAGGGUGUCAUAUGGGACCACGGGAAAUCUGGGACACUGACCCCCUUCCUGCUCUCCCAAGUCAGCAAUGCUGCUCUAGGCAGAGGUGGGUGGAGACAGAGGCAAAGUGGCAUGGUGCACAAGGCAGGUGGGCAGCAGCGGUGCCCGCCCACCCAUCUAGAGCACUAUGGUACUCCACCUCCAUUUCCUUGCCAGACUGCAUCCCAUUCCCCUACAGUUCUCUCCCCCGCUGCAAGCCCAGUGCAUGCCCAGCCGGGGCCACAAGCUUGGAGCCAUUCCCCCAAACAUGGGUCCCCACCGGCAGCUGAGGGAGAUCCCAGGUCCCUUAAGGGAAGGGGUCUGAGCCACCCUGUCUGCACCCACCACUCCCCUGGAUGCCACACACACACACACACACAUAUAUAUAAGCAGCCCUCACUCAUAGCAGCACUCUCCCACCCUACCCCCAUCCCACCCUGGCUGAUUCCAACCAAUCCAGGGACAUUUGCUUUAGUCGUCAACUAGCUGGGAUGGUGGGACAGCCUACAAAAUCUGGGAUUGUCCCAGCCAAACUGGGACAUUUUUCACCCUAACUAAAUCCAUCCACGCUGAGUGUUACACGAGUAACAUGAUACACCAGUACUGAAUUUGUCCCAUUGGUUUAAAUCAUAGUUUUUCCUGAACAGGGACAGCAAGACUGGCCCACUUAAAACAUUUGUGUUUACAUUAGAGUACUAAACCUUACAUUUGCCUUAACCUUAUUUUAAAGCUAAUGCUUCUCUAAAAUCUUAGUUUAAAAUAGUAAGGUAAGUAAUUUCUCACAUAUAAUCAAGAGAAAUUCUGGUGGAGUUUCCAAGCAAUAUGUAUUUAGUGAUCACAAGUGACACACAAGAAUAUUUGAAGGCAGAUCUUAUUUGUAAGUCCAUAGCACUACUUGGACUACAAGAGAAAAAAAUACAAUCUUUUUUAUAGUAACAGCAAAUGGAUGCCUGUGUGGGGUCUGAUAAAUAAAAAUCUUUCUAAUGACUUUGAAGGGCAUUUGAAGUUGAACCCCUAAAUAUUUUCAUUAUGCCAUAUCUAUACAUUAGCUACACAGAUAUUAGGAUCUAAGUAUGGCUGAGGUUGCAUUUAAGAGAGGACAUUUUGCAUUAUUUAGUCCAAGGUAAAACAAUAAUAAUAAUUAGGCAGGGAAGAAGUAACAUUUUAAACUAAUAUAUUUUACUGGCUUUACCCUAGUCUCUACAUAGUUUAUGUGGGCAGUAGAGCUAUUCAGCACAGUACAUUUGUGGAUUAGGAUACAAAUUAAUCCAUGAGUGGAAUAAGUUUCUAUGUUUAAAUAUGGAAGAUUUUUCUGUAAAGGUAUUAGCCCAGCUGCAGCUUGCAACAAUUUUGUUUCCUGUAGUCGUAACAUUUUUAACUUUUGUUUUAUGUUUAAAACUUAAAACCUUACUGGUAACAAGAAACAUCCUCAAUUUGAAAUGAGAAGUGGCCCAGCCACAGAAUUUCUCUCAAAUAUAUACAGCUAGGCCAGUGCAAGUGAAAAGAUCAGAACAAAAGUUCUAACAAAGGGGAAAAAAACGUUGCUGCUGCUGAAAACCUUUAGAGUUAGCAGAACUUCAGAAAGUGAACAGUGUGAAAAAUCACUACCAUGUUGGCUAUAUCAUCUUAUUCCUUGUAUGCUGUUUUGCAUCACUAAAAACCUAUUAAAUGCAAUGUUAAAAGUUCAGACAAAUUUCAUUCUUGAAAUAAAUAUUCACUGUGCAGACACUAACAACCAUGAUGGUGUAUGCAUUACUUAUGGUGCUGAAGCUGCUAUGCAUACUUGAUGGUAAUUCAUAUAAGGUGUUCAUCAUGUAUAGCCAUAAGGUGGCACAUUCAGCCAAUCCCCUUUUGCUUGAAUAGUCAACCCAACAGCAUUAGAAGCAGAACCAGUAAAAGGAGUAGUAAAACAGUUUAAAUACAGCAAUUUGGGUGGGGUGCUUUGGUAGUAGUCAAAGCAUAACUGACAUAGAAACAUUGCUAGUGAGAUAAGGAAAACUGCUUUAGAUGCUGUCACGACAGAGCUGGCAGAGAAUAUAAGAGAAGUCCCCUCUGUGACAGAUUAAAGCAGAGCAGAGAAAAAAGCAAGAGCAAUCAAGAAGGAAGCAGCAGGACUAUUUGGAGAUGGGGCCAGUGGAAGGAGAUGGUAGUAUGAAGGGAAAGACUAGAACAAUUAAAUUAAAAAGGGACCCAUAGUAACUUCUGCACAACUGAGCCUGUAACACUUAUUCUUCAUAGCGAAAGAGAAAACACAUAUGCAAUAAAUUCCAGUAAGUUUGGUAUAGGAAUGAAGUGCACAAACCUGGGUUUAUCAUGUAAGAUAGUAAAAUAGGGACAUUUUGAAUUAUAGGGCUACAAUUCUCUUCUCAAAGCCAAUGACUUCUCAAGCACUCAGGUGUAUGUACAUGAUUCUGCUCCUUGUUAUAGUCCUUUAACCCAACCAUCUUUUAUACAUGAAAAGUGGCCUAGCCAUAGAAUUUCUCCAAAGUAAGUAGAAUAAGGCCAGUGCGAGGGAAAAGAUCAGAACAAAAUUUCUAUAAAGAAUUUACAGUCUCAUUGCUGCUACUGUUCCGUCUUCACCUCCCUACUCACAACUAUGACCUGUAGUAGUCCCAGCGUCAUUGUUUUCUGAAGUCUUUGCUAUUUGUCAGACAGCCCUCGAUCUUGACAUGCCUAAUAGAUCUCAUCUUUCAAGCAAGUUUGUUUGGUGAGUGCUUUUUUAUCCUUUUAUAAUUUGUUUUGAUUUAAUAUGACAACCAGGGGCUUGCACAGGUAUUGCUGAGGGCAUACUUUGGCUGUGAAAACAUUUAUUACUGGUUAAAGAGAGAGCCAAUCUCCUCUCUGAGAUCCUAGAU